AUGGCCUUUAACAGCUCCGACUACCUGGACGCCCUGGGCGAGUCGGGCCUCUACGAACAGAACUGCACGCUGGCCGACCUGCGGCCGCACGAGUUCAACGCCUCGGCGCUGGACGCCUACAACAUCUCGUGGGAGCUGGAGGAGAGCCUGAUGCGGUGCUCGUACGACGCGCGGCGCAUCAACUGCUCGGCCGCCGACGCGCUGUGCCUGUGCGCCAAGGAGAUCUACCGCGACUACUGCGCGGGGCGGCCCGAGUACUACUCGUACAUCUACCGCAUCAUCGGCACGCUGUUCCAAGGCAUCAUCUUCGUGAUCGGCGUGAUCGGCAACGCCAUGGUGGUCAUCGUCGUGGCCCGCAACAAGAACAUGGCCACGCCUACCAACUGCUACCUGGUGAGCCUGGCCGUGGCCGACUGCGCCGUGCUGGUGGCCGCCGUGCCGCAGGAGAUCGUCAGCUACUUCCUCAUCGGCAACCAUUGGAUCUGGGGGCGCGGCGGCUGCGCCAUCAUGAUCUUCCUGCAGAACCUGGGCAUCAACGCCAGCUCGCUCAGCCUGACGGCGUUCACGGUGGAGCGCUACAUCGCCAUUUGCCACCCGAUGAAGGCGCAGACGGUGUGCACGGUGGAGCGCGCCAAAAAGAUCACGCUUCUCGUAUGGCUGUUUGCCGUGUGCUACUGCGCGCCCUGGCUCUUCCUGACGCAGGUGGUGCCCCUCAAGUACGCCGUCGACUACCCGACGCAGGAGUGCACCUUCAAGCUGUCGCGCGACCAGUACCUCUACUACUACUUCCUGGACUUCGUGGUGUUCUACGUGGUGCCGCUGCUGCUCUCCUGCGUCCUGUACUCGUUCAUCGCCAGGAUCCUGUUCACGUCGCAGAUGCCCAAGAACCCCACGCUCAACGGGCACCACCACAAGCGGACGGCCACGUCGGCGCGCGUGCAGGUGGUGAAAAUGCUGGCUGUUGUGGUGGCCAUCUUUGCGACAUUAUGGCUACCUUACCGAACCCUCCUGGUCUACAAUUCUCUCCUGGCGAUGUUCGGGUAUCAUCCCUACAAGGACCUGUGGUACCUGCUCUUCGCCAAGACCUGUAUUUUUAUCAACAGUGCCAUCAACCCGAUCCUGUACAACGCUCUCUCCGUCAAGUUCCGCCGGGCCUUCAAAAGGAUGCUGUCGUGUGGUAGACCGCGACGGGACCAGUGGGGGAUGACCAUGCUCUACAGCGAGGGGGGGCGACGCCCUCCUUCGCGAGGCACGGGCGGCGGAAUUGGCCUCGGCAGGGAGGCCUCCUCCUCGCCCCGCCUACUCUACCCGCCCACAACCACCAGGGACACGCCCACCCUCGAGACCGCCUUCAACACCAACUCCGCGCCGAUCAAGAUAAACAACUAG